AUGAGUUAUGGCCCACUUCAAAGCAGCAUCGAUCCGUUCGAUAGCGAGCCCCGUAUGGCCCCUACCACCUACCAGAGCGUGCCAUCGUUGAGCGACCGCCCUGGACGAGGCGUCUCGCACGAAUCGGUGAUCGAGAUGAAAACAGUCAACUCCCAGUCGAGUCUAUAUCGUGUGACAGUUCGCGACCCCGACGUAGAUUCUCUCGAUGAAACCAUGCUGAACAAAACCCAUCAACCUGACGUUGUAACCGACCGAUCUACGGUAUGGAUGGGAAACUCGCGGUGGAAUCUGAUCCCAGACCUCCUAUGGCUGCUUCUUCCUAUCAUGUUCUUCGGCGAACUACAAGAACGGCCAGAGUCUCCGUGGGCAAGCAAGGUCGUUCUUGCUUCGACCAUAGCACCAUCGAUCUGGCCUUUGAUCUUCUCCGCAAUUGUGGGCGGUACUUUGAAAGCGUUUGCUGAUUGGAAAGUUGAAAGAGGGUUGAGUUUAGGUACUUUAGAGCAAAUCAUGGGCUCCCGGACACUGGCAAACACGUUCGUCACCAGUUUCAAUAUGAGAGUUUUCGGGUUACCGACAAUUCUGCUUAUCGCCCUUUGGUCCUUCAAUCCACUAGGAUCUCAGGCUUCAUUUCGAAGUGUGUACCUCGAGCAAAGAUCAGACACGGGUACGGGAACAAUCAACUACUACAGUCACAACUUUACUGAGCAGGGAAGUUCCGGUCUAGAGGGAUCGUCCAGUUGGAACUCGAUGAGGUCCCAGAUACGCGCCAUCUACAACUCGGCGCUGUUCGACCUGAGUUCGGGACUGCAGUUCUCAAAAAGUACAAGCGAUGACUAUGAGCUCAUACUUGCCCGGCUUGGAGGAAUGGACGCAGCGAUAGCGCGUGGAUCAAUGGAUCCAUGGGGGAAUGUUCGAACGCCUAGUCUCCGUCGAGUCCCAGGCUAUGACCCAGAUGAUCCUGAGCGUUGGCUGGAUGUCCCCCCUGAACAGACUACCAUUGGUGCGGCUAGUCUCAUAGGUUCCGUUGUUCGGGGCAUUCCCCUCGACUUUACUGGAUCUACAGCAUUCACCAUGGGAACAAACUACCAUGAGUUUUCGUGCACAUCCGGUGACCUACUCACGCAGCAAACCAUGCCUGAUUGGAUGGAAGCAAACUAUAAGAAUAUGAUGUUCCACUAUAAUAAGUCUCUGGAUAUAUCUCAGCCUAACGCGUUCUUAACCCUGUUGCCUAGCGGCUCAGGCGGAAUAUCAACUUUUUUCAUCGAUCUCUUACGGGAAAACUCUUCGACACAAUGGCCACAACCACCACGGACAUUAAUGUUUGGCUCUCGAGCAUCCGAUGACGGCAAUUACUUCGUCACAAACUGUAAAGAGCAUCUCGUCUACGUUGAUGUCAACGUAACCUGUGCAUCGAAUGGCCCUAGCAGCCGGGCGCAGUGUAAUGUCUUCGGCAUCAGACAGAUGCCCGCUGCACUGCAGCCAGAUUUACGCGCCGACGCAUUCAGCAGUAUUAUGUUGUACAACAAACUAGAGAUGUUGGACCCAUCAGGACACCCUGGUCAGGCAUCGCUCACAGAGCUUUUCAUGCAAGAUCCGCCAAGAUUCUUCGUGAAUGGGGGAAAUUUUAUAGGGAUUGCGUCCAACAUCAGCAACCUAUCAGCGGACGUGUUCUCGGACCGUUGGACUCUUAUGUUCAAUACGAUAUACGACGCUUCGAGACACCUAACCGCAACCAUCGGCGGUGACAUCUUCGACGUUAGUGAGGCCAAGAUAAAAAACGUUACGUCGGCCACUCAGUUUCCGAUAGCCUCCGUGUACGUUAUCAAUGUUCCUUGGAUGGUUGUAUACUUCGUAUCUAGCACGAUCAUGUUGAGUGCGGCUGUCAUUACCAUAGCUUUCCGUGCUCUAUGUCGUGCUCCGGAGAUAUUGGGCUUCGUCAGCAGUCUGACAAGAGAUUCGCCAUAUUUCAGAGACUGGGGUGCCGAAACGAAUUCAACGGACAGUGGUACGAGACGCGCAAGACGGCUCGGUAUGGUGAAGGUUAUGGUAGGCGAUGCCAACCCCGGCGGGGAUGUCGGGAGGAUGUCGUUCAUACCCGCCACAGAUCCGAGCCGCUUGAAGGUUGCCAGACCCUACGACUGA